UCUGGUUACAGGAAAGGAAGUAGGAAAAAUUAUUAGUAAGAGGGAUGUGGAUGGGCUAUCUGAUAUGGUCAAUGGUCUGGAUGUACAUGCUAUGUUGAGUUUGUGGCCAGCCCAUACUGAUAUCCUUGUGUGCUCCUCGUCUUCUCUCUCUUGUUCUGCAGGUCUGACUUUACGAAGACAGCCAUGCCGAAGGGCGGGAGGAACAAACAACUGCGGGAGGAGCCUCAGGGAGGUUCAGGGGGAGGAGAGCCGUCACGACCAUACCAGCGAGCCAGCACUCCAAUUUAUGACGAUGGUAGUUCGGAUAUGUUCAUUGAGCGGUUCACACAGUAUGCAGCGGAAAGGGGGUGGUCUACAGAGACGAUGAUCCAGCAUCUAAGAGGUACAAGAGAGAUGACGGCGAGGAUUGAGGAGUUGCGGACGAGGGGAGGCGACUGGCCGGAGAUACAGAUGACCCUACAGAUGCUACAACCAUCACCAGUGGGACCUGACGGGUUACCCAUUCGUAUGACGGCAGACAAUCUGGAUGAGUUUUUCCUAGCUUACGAGGAGUAUUGCAGGACUGUGGGCGUCAUGAAAGAAGAGUACAUGAGGAUGGUUCCACAAUGGGCAAUACCUGGGCUACAGAGGGACAUUGCACAGAUAGGGCGCACAUCGCGAGAUUGGGAAGAUUGCAAGGCCCGGAUUAGGAGUGUAUGUGGGUUGUUUCAAUACGAUUCUCCAAGGCCGCGAGUUGAGAGGAGGAGGAGGAGUGAUAGAGUACGAGGCACAGAGAGGGGACGAGCUGGCUCUUGCCGACGCAGAGAGGUCAUCGAUUUGGGAGGCGAUAGUCCACCUUCGUCACCCAUUCUGGAGACGGAACACGAGGCGGGGCCAGAGGUGAGAGUUGCUCCUGAGCCAGAGCCCGAAAUGAGGCCCGUUGUGGAGGCUAUCCUCGAGUUGGGAGGCCGUCAAAGGGCAAAGACAUUGGAGAAAGCCCAACCCAUUGUGGAUUUGCAGGAGUUGGAGGCCUAUUUGGAGCCAUCACAGUGGCCGUUGUCACGGGCCGUUCCUUCCCCUGCAUCAGGCGCUGCUCCUAGCAGUGUGGAGGGUCAGGAGCAAAGACUUGUGCCCAAAUCCGAGGAGGCACGAGAUCCAGCGAUUAAGGGUGAGGAAGUUUGGCAGACAGAGGCAAGUAGGGUGAUUGACGCACAUUUUGUGGUUGAGGUUGGAACGACGGCGGACGUUGUUGAAACACCAUCAGCAGAUCCGCCCAGGGCGGGGGCUCGCAUUGAGCCAAUGGUACAUGAGGAGGCCGCAGGACGAGCCGCUCAUCCGACAAGAGAGAAUCCAGAGGAACAUCAGGCCAGGGUAACGACGAGACUUGAGGAGUUGGAAAGAGAGAGAGACAAACAGGAGGCAACUGGGAUACUACCGAACCCACCGGUAGAUAAAGGGCCACAAGAGAGAGGAGUGGAUGCGAUUUGGGCUGGAUGGCAGAGGCAGAGGGACGCAGAUCGUCAGGAACCCCAGGACUCUGAGUCCACAAAUGCGAGGCUGGAUCGUCAGAAUACGUUGUUGGAUUCUGCCUUUACAGCAGCGAGGGGAGCAGAUCGGGGUUUGGACGACCAGACACGUUGGCUCGCGACGACCUCCUUCGACAGAUACUCGAUGUUGAGUGCUGAGUUGGUGGCGGAGAAGCUAGAGGUGGAGGAUCUGGCCAGACGAUUGGAGAAGGCAGAGGUAGAGAACAAGGAACAAAAGGCGGCUUCUCAAGCAAAAAAAGUCGAGUGGGAGAGAAGACUUCGAGAGGUGGAGGCUAGGAUGGAGAGAUUCCAAUCAACCACAGUGGUAGACCGGACUGAGUAGAGCAGAUAUGGCAUCCAGGGUCAGGCGGUGCAGAGUCUCUUUGCACAACAAGAGGAGAUGGCGUCAUCCCAACAACAAGGUUUGGGCAGAGUGAUUAUGGAUCCGGAUAAGGCUCGGGUGCAGAGGGGAGUUUAGAGUUCAGAGCCCCCACGGAGCUAGCUUCUCAGAGGCUGACGCGUACGAUGCAAGAACUCGCCAUUGAGGAACUGGCUCGUUCUUCUAUGUCGGAGCCGGCUGAGAAACCUGAACAAGGAACAAAAGGCGGCUGCUCAA